AUGUCAGUACUCCUCGAAACCAGCGCGGGCGACAUAGUGAUCGACCUACUGGUCGAUUACGCGCCCAAAAUGUGCGAGAACUUUCUCAAACUCUGCAAGGUCAAAUACUACAACUUCUCGCCGAUCCAUUCGAUACAAAAGUCCUUCUCUUUCCAAACCGGCGAUCCUCUCGGACCCCUGGCCGCACAAUCCGAUGGCGGCACCUCGAUCUGGGGACUUCUCUCCGGCGACAAGGCCGACAAAACCUUCCCCGCCCUCUUUCACCCGAAGCUGAAGCACCUUGAGCGAGGCACUGUCAGCAUGGCCACCGCCCCACAUCCGUCAGAUCCAGACGUUCGCGUUGCCGGCUCGCAGUUUAUCGUCACUCUCGGGGACAAUACCGACUAUCUAGACGGCAAGGCCGCCAUCUUUGGCAAGGUGGUGGAGGGUUUCGACGUGUUGGAAAAGAUCAACGAUGCCAUCGUGGACGAGCGCGGGCACCCUCUCGUCGACAUACGCAUCAAGCAUACCGUUGUGCUCGACGACCCCUACCCAGACCCAGCAGGCCUGCGGGAACCCAGCAGCUCACCGCCUCCAACCAAGGCGCAGCUUGCGACUGUUCGAAUUGGAGAGGAUGAGGAGCUACUAGACGAGGAAGCUAAUGAGGCUGCCGCCGCGGAAGCAGAGCGGAGACGAAAAGAGCGCGAAGCCGCGGCGCAAGCCCUGACGCUGGAAAUGAUGGGUGACUUGCCGUUUGCCGAGGUCAAACCACCGGAAAACGUUCUCUUCGUCUGCAAGCUGAAUCCUGUCACGACCGAUGAAGACCUAGAGCUCAUCUUCAGUCGCUUCGGCAAGAUACUGAGCUGCGAGGUGAUUCGAGACCACAAAACAGGGGACAGUUUACAAUACGCCUUUAUCGAGUUUGAAGAUCAAAAGAGCUGCGAGGAAGCCUAUUCCAAGAUGGAUGGAGUCCUCAUCGACGACAGGCGCAUUCAUGUCGACUUUAGUCAGAGCGUCAGCAGGCUGAGUGACGUGUGGCGCAGCGAGACCAACAAUAAGCGGAAGAAAGCUGCUUCCAGAGGGAAAGGUGGCUGGGGCGGAGUGAAAGAGCUGGAGAAGUGGCGACAAUAUCGGAACGAGGACGUUGAACCUGACGACGAUGAGCGUUAUGAAAUGGUUCAUGGUAUGGAGGAUUUGCAUGGCCGACACAGGAACAAUAGGGAUUCCAGGGGACAAGGCCCGAGGGAUCGGGAUCCGGAUACCGCAACCCGACGAGAUGGUCGUUCUCCAGACCGGCGUCGGGACCGGUACCGAUCUGGACGUGACGGAAGGAGUCGCGACGAUGAACGUCGCAGUCGGAGUCCCAGGAACUACCGGCACCAGGAUGGCUAUCACGGGCGUUCAGGGGACUUUGGUAAAAGCCGAGACGGUCGAGAGAGGACUGGCAGAGAUUCACGGUAUCACGAUCGUGGUUUCGGAAGGGGUACGGACAGAGAAAGGGAUCGAGACCGGAGCAGACGUUCUAGAAGCAGGUGA